AUGGAUACUACGCACUACACACUGGCAGAUAACAAAAACAAAGUAGAAAAGUUUGGCCAGUCCGUAACUAUAACAGUCGACAACGAAAAUAACGUGAAGCCACAUUUAAAAGUAAUGUGCGAGCGAAGGACGCCGCAGCAGUCAAGCGGCAGUCCGGGGCUGGGCACGCACAUGCUAGCCAUGGACGUGACCAAGGAGUCCCGAGCUUCUCCGCUGCCGGCGAGCUCGCAGGCUUCCGGUACAACAUCCUCGCAACAACCGCCGCAGCCACAGAUAUGUGCGGGGUGUAGUAAGGUGAUCACCGAGCGUUACCUACUCAAGGCUUUAGAUCAGUUAUGGCACGAGGACUGCCUCAAGUGCGGCUGCUGUGACUGCCGCUUGGGUGAGGUCGGCCAUACGUUGUAUACGCGCGCCAACCUUAUUCUGUGCAAGAGGGACUAUUUGAGGCUGUUUGGUAACACUGGCUAUUGUGCGGCGUGCAACAAAGUGAUCCCCGCCUUCGAGAUGGUGAUGCGCGCCCGAAGCAACGUGUAUCACUUGGAAUGCUUCGCCUGCCAGCAGUGCAACCACAGAUUCUGCGUGGGUGAUCGCUUCUAUCUCUGUGAAAAUAAGAUUCUCUGCGAAUAUGACUAUGAGGAACGGUUGGUUUUCGCGAACAUGGCGUACAACCCACCACCACUUGCCCAUUUAAAGAGACAGACAACUCAUCUUUCUCCGCCUCCGACGAGCAACGCGAUGAACCUGAUGAACGGUUCAAGCCGCUCAGGGGAUCUAAAUAACAACAUGUCUGGCUCAUCUCCAGCAGCUUUCGUCCCUCCCCCGCACCUAAAACCAUUAGGUCUUUCGGCGACCAGUUGA